CGGCUCGAUGCUCCGACCGGAAGUGCUCCUCACCGCCUGCCUCCCACCCGGCUCUCUGGUCCCGGCGGUAAGAUGGCGGCGGCCGCGGAGUGCGAUGUGGUAAUGGCGGCGACCGAGCCAGAACUGCUGGAGGACGAAGGAACCAAGAGGGAAGCAGAGUCCUUCAAGGAACAAGGAAAUGCAUACUAUGCCAAGAAAGACUACAAUGAAGCUUAUAACUAUUACACAAAAGCCAUAGAUAUGUGUCCUAAAAAUGCUAGUUAUUAUGGUAAUCGAGCAGCCACGUUAAUGAUGCUUGGAAGGUUCCGUGAAGCUCUUGGAGAUGCACAGCAAUCAGUGAGAUUGGAUGACAGUUUUGUCCGGGGACAUCUUCGAGAAGGCAAGUGCCACCUCUCACUAGGGAAUGCCAUGGCAGCAUGUCGCAGUUUCCAGAGAGCCCUAGAACUGGAUCACAAAAACGCCCAGGCUCAACAGGAGUUCAAGAAUGCUAAUGCAGUCAUGGAAUAUGAGAAGAUAGCAGAAACUGACUUUGAGAAGCGAGAUUUUCGGAAGGUUGUUUUCUGCAUGGACCGUGCCCUAGAAUUUGCCCCUGCCUGCCAUCGCUUCAAAAUCCUCAAAGCAGAGUGUUUAGCAAUGCUGGGUCGAUAUCCAGAAGCACAGUCUGUGGCCAGUGACAUUUUACGAAUGGAUUCCACCAAUGCUGAUGCUCUGUAUGUACGCGGUCUCUGCCUUUACUAUGAAGAUUGUAUUGAGAAGGCGGUUCAGUUUUUUGUGCAGGCUCUCAGGAUGGCUCCUGACCAUGAGAAGGCCUGUGUUGCUUGCAGAAAUGCCAAAGCCCUUAAAGCAAAGAAAGAAGAUGGAAAUAAAGCAUUUAAGGAAGGCAAUUACAAGCUAGCAUAUGAACUGUACACAGAAGCCCUGGGGAUAGACCCCAACAAUAUAAAAACAAAUGCUAAACUCUACUGUAAUCGGGGUACGGUUAAUUCCAAGCUUAGGAAACUAGACGAUGCAAUAGAAGACUGCACACAUGCAGUGAAGCUUGAUGACACUUACAUAAAAGCCUACUUGAGAAGAGCUCAGUGUUACAUGGACACAGAGCAGUAUGAAGAAGCAGUGCGUGACUAUGAGAAAGUGUAUCAGACGGAGAAAACAAAAGAACACAAACAGCUCCUAAAAAAUGCACAGCUAGAGCUGAAGAAGAGUAAGAGGAAAGACUACUACAAGAUCCUCGGAGUGGACAGAAAUGCCUCUGAGGACGAGAUCAAGAAAGCAUACCGGAAACGGGCUUUGAUGCACCACCCAGACCGGCACAGUGGAGCCAGUGCAGAGGUUCAGAAAGAGGAGGAGAAGAAGUUCAAGGAAGUAGGAGAGGCCUUUACUAUCCUUUCUGAUCCCAAGAAAAAGACUCGCUAUGACAGUGGACAGGACCUGGACGAAGAGGGCAUGAAUAUGGGUGAUUUUGAUGCAAACAAUAUCUUCAAGGCAUUCUUCGGUGGUCCUGGGGGCUUCAGUUUUGAAGCAUCGGGUCCAGGAAAUUUCUUUUUUCAAUUUGGCUAAUGAAGGACAAUCACUCAGAACCCAGAAAAUGCAGACUUGCUCAGUUUAACCUUGAAUGUGGACACAGUUCACCUCCUCCAUCAUGUCUCCGUGUACUUAGAGCAGUUUCGUUUUCUCAGUUGGGUGCCCUGUGUCUGUGUGAGUGGGGUGAAGGAGAGGGAGCCAGCACCCAAGAUGGGGAUGGGAGGGAGCCGGGGGGUGGUCAGGGAGGCAGCUUGUGAAUUUUUGUUUUAUUGUUUAACUUUAUUAAAAAAGAAUAAAAUGUUUUGACCAUUUUUGGCCCUUG